GACAUCACCACGUGUGGUAUCAGCAUCAAUCGAAUUAGUAGUGAAUUUAGUGAUAAUUAGUUUAUUAGUUGUGCUCGAACCAUCGCCAGGAGAACACCAAAUCAUCAGGACAAUUAUCCGAGGACCAUUGAAGUCGAAUCGACGCGUUGUCCGAGAUAUAAUCGAUCAUUGUCUCCCAGCGCGUACACGUCGCAACCGGUAGUAUUUUGCGGUUUAUUUAGUUCGAUUAGAUAUUGCUCUGUGCGGUAGAGCCUAAAUAACGCCAAAACCAUGCAGUUACGUCUUUUACGUUCAACGUCUUUUAUAUUGCUUAACAAUUGCCUAGCAAUUGCAAGCCAUGUCAGGGUGACGCAAUACUCAUGACCUUGAUGAGGUCACACCUGUUGUGGAAUUUGGGAGAAUAUUCUCGUAUUGAGGAAAUACUUUGCGCUAGUCGCCAAAAUAUUUGAUUUUACGUUACUGCCUUUGGAAUUUCGAAUUCUUUUGUACAUUUGUGCCUUUUGGUUUAUUUUAUAUAUUCCAAAAUUACGUUUUAUUAUGGAUUAUCCAUAUAUUCCAAAUUAAUUUGGAAGAAUUUGCAAGUUUUGCCUUUUACCGAUAUUUCUAUGAAAUAUUGUGUCUGCGUUUAUCGCCUAUGGAUUUAUUCCAUUUUUGUGCCUUUGGCCCUUUUGGUUUAUUUUAUAAUCCAAAAUCUGAAUUUGGAUACGUGUUAGUCGUGUGGAUCAUUUGUAGAUUAUUGUCUUUUACAGAUAUUUUUCUGGAAAGCUGUGUUUGCGUUUAUCGCCUAGAGAUUUGUUCUUUUUCUUUUAUUGUGCCUUAGACCAUUGCGAAUUACACUUCGCUAAUAAAAAGUGUCUAAUGAUUCGUCGUUUCGAAUACGAGUUUACGUGUGUUUACGUUACGCGUCUCCGCGAGAAUGUCCCGCGUAUUUCUCUCGCCAAGGUCGCGCCUCCGUAUAGUGUAUAUCCCGCGUCCGUCGUUUUAGAUACUAUGUGUUAUGCUCUCGGAGCCCGUACGUUUUAUAGAUUAUGUUACGUUAGGAAUUGUCAUUAUUAAUUGCGUUUAUGACGCCUUGAAAAUUAUAAUUCGGAUUUAUUGAAUUUAUCGAGUAUUAGCACUGAGUUCCAAAUUAUGGACUGUUAGGUUUUCGGGUAAAUUAAUAACAUUUAGCUCGAUAUUAGGAUCGGUAUAUUCUCUUUGUUUUAUUUGGUUUUGAUAAAAUUUAUUGUAAUGGAUUAGAUGGAUUAACAUAGUUGAAUUUCUCUCUGCGACGAUACGCUUACGUUCCUUAAAAUAAAUGGAAUAUCGAGUAAUUUAUAAGAUCUCUCUCUCUCUCUCACAAAAAUUAUUGGGUUUAUAUCUGCGUUAUUAUUAAUAUUUGGAAUAUUGUAGAAAAUUGUAUUUUGAGUUCUUAUUAUCGAAAGUUAAAGAAUAUAGUUCCGUAAAGAAAUAUUAAAUAUGUGUUGAGUUUUGAAUUUAUGGAAUUGAUAGCCCAGUGACCAGCACACCCCGAACCACCCCUCUCUCCAUAACCUACAUCCUGACCAGCGUGAGCAAAUACCACCUUUUCUUUGAUCUUUUAGCUUUAAGUUAUUGAGUUUACGUUUUAGUUGGAAUUUUAGUUCGUUGCCGUGAGUUAUCCGCUUCGAGUACGUUUUUCGGUUUGUUGUUCCCGUCGAGACAAAGAACAACUGGCGCCCUUCAGAGCAUUUGUUCCGUUUUUGGACGAUCAAAGGAAAAGGGCGGGUUAACUGGUUCAUUUUUAUGUCCGUAAAAAUCUACCACGUUACAAAAUAUUGACUCUGACCUUCAAACGGUUGAGAAGAAGAAGAAAAACUCAACCAGACGAUUGGGCCAUAAAUCACCCGGUAGCACUCAAAGUGACUCUAAAAUCCUGAAAGUCAAUAAUAAAAAAACAAGUGAAAUCGUGCAAGUGAGCACAGAAAAAAAAAAGUUGUGGAUUAAUAUGCUAGAACAAGAUCUUGACGUAUUCAAUCAAGUGAACUAUAUUGAUAAGAAAAAGGAUCUGAAAAAAAUACAGGCUCGCGAAAAACGUUUAAAACUCGCGGAAAAAAAGAAGGCCGACUUUAUCGCUCGCGAAAAACGCCGCGAACUAGCUAAGGAAAAACAAAGACAAUUUAGAGCUCGCGAAUCCGAAAAAAAUCGAUCCAAGGACCACACAUCGAAGGAUAUCAUCCCUGAGACCAUGAUGGAAUUGGAUUCAUCGAUCGAGAUCAUUCCCAGCACUCCAUCAGUUAUUAAUUUAAUCCUGGAACGCGAGGGUGAAGAUGCUCAGCAUGGGCCACUGAAUUUCGCGGCCUCAACCCUCACAAAACCGCGGAAAACUAUCGAGGAAAUCGAGGCCGUUCUAGUCGCGUUGGGCGCGAAUCUAGAACAAAGGAAUCGCGAGGGCGAUUACGAAGCGCGAUGCACUCCAACGCAGCGUCAAAAAGAGCUUGAUCACAUUGCGAUGCAAUUGGAUCAAAGCGCUAAUGAUGAUGAUGAACGAUUGGCCCUCCAGAGUCUUGAUUUUACCCGUUAUCACCCAGUAACCGUUCGGCUUAAACAUUUAUUAAACAUUUUUGUAUUUUUUUAGAUA